AGUUAACCGAAGUGGUGUAGAAAUUACGCAAUACGUCCGAAGUUGUUGUUCGUCCGAGCAAUGUACCAGUGAGCUGUCAGCCUCAAGAGUGCUGGAAAAUUCAUUAUGCCCACAACUGAUGCCCGUCCCAACAACAAUGGAACCACUACGGCAGGCAAUCGACGUUUCGAAAAGCCAGCCGACGACGAAUGGAUUACUAGUGGCGGAUUGGGUUCGAAAGAUGCCGUUCUGGUGUUUCGAACAACGGUUUUAAAUUCCCGACCACAGCAACAACAUGUAAGUCGUUCUAGUUCGAGCGGAGUAUGUGUUAAAGGGGACGAAGAGGAACGGGAAACAUCGCCGGAAAAGAAUGUAACAACAUUGAGGAAAGAAAACGCCAAAAGCAAAUCCACAUCUAGCCUUAGCUCCAGCAGUGGCAAGGUCGAACGUAACAAUUCUAACGAAUUACAACAACGAAGAAUCGGAUCAAGCAAUCGUAGCUCCCCAAUUAGCAAACAGAAACGAUGUGUUGUCUCAAUACCAAAGCACUUAGACAAAAAAUUAUGGGAUUCUAUGUCAUCUAGUGAUAAUUCCAUAUCCAGUGAUGGCAAUGAUUCGGAAGACAAUGAAAAGGAGGUGUCGGGUAAGAGGUCUUUUGAUGACAGACCGCGAAAGAAUGUCCCCCAAACGACGGAAACCGAACUUGACAAUGAUAACGAACAGGAACAUGAGCACGAUAACGAUGGUGAGGUCGAUCACACUCCUGCCGCCCUGGAUAUGCCUGCCACAAACCUCAAGAUGACCUAUAAAUUUCUUCAAACCGAAACAAAGUUACUGCGUAAAAUAUUCGCUAGACAUGGCCUUACCGAAGCUGAGGACGACGAUUCAUUUAGCAUUCUAUGGACUGGAAUACACAUGAAACCUGAUAUGUUAAGAAAUCUAUCCCCAUAUCAAAGGGUCAAUCAUUUCCCACGUUCGUACGAGCUGACACGCAAAGAUCGUCUCUACAAGAACAUCGAACGUAUGCAACAUCUGCGAGGCAUGAAACACUUUGAUAUAGUGCCACAAUCAUUCUUAUUGCCUUUGGAGUAUAAGGAUCUGGUGACGGCUCACAACAAGUGUCGCGGUCCGUGGAUAGUAAAACCGGCCGCGUCCAGCCGUGGUCGUGGCAUAUUCAUUGUCAACUCGCCCGACCAAAUACCCCAGGAUGAACAGGUUUUAGUAUCCAAAUAUGUAGCUGAUCCAUUAUGUAUUGAUGGUCAUAAAUGCGAUUUGCGUGUAUAUGUGUUGGUCACAUCCUUUGACCCACUCAUAAUAUAUCUAUACGAAGAAGGUCUGGUUAGGUUGGCCACUGUCAAGUAUGACUUGGACGCUGACAAUCUAUGGAACCCUUGUAUGCAUCUGUGCAAUUACAGUAUUAAUAAAUACCACACCGACUACAUCAAGUCCAGUGAUGCCCAUGAGGAGGACGUGGGCCACAAAUGGACUUUGUCGGCGCUAUUGAGGCAUUUGAAAUCUCAAGGUUGUGAUACUCAUAUGUUAAUGGCCAAUAUAGAAGAUUUAAUCAUCAAAUCGAUAUUCUCAUGUGCCCAAUCCAUUAUAUCGGCAUGUCGCAUGUUUGUGCCGAACGGGAACAAUUGCUUUGAGCUGUAUGGUUUUGAUAUACUCAUCGAUGAUACGUUGAAACCGUGGCUUUUGGAGGUGAAUUUAUCACCGUCUAUGGGUGUAGAUAGUCCGCUGGAUGCCAAGGUCAAAUCAUGUCUCAUAACCGAUCUCUUAACCUGUGUAGGAAUUCCAGCCUACAGUCCGGCAAUGCGAGCCCACUAUGAUAGCCGAUGGACACGAUUCCGAAGCGUUUCGCACAGCCGACGUACUAAUUCAGCUGAACCAACAGGAGCUGGGUCUGGCGUGGGAGGUGCUAAGCGUUCUUCUGUCAGUGCAUCGGCUUGUAAAAAUUUGACUCUGGAAGAACAGCGUAUAAUUCGCAAUGCUCGUUUCCAGAAUGCUCGUCGGGGAGGAUUUGUACGCAUAUUCCCUACGGAAGAUAGCAUGUCAAGGUAUGGUAAUUUCCUCGAUUCCACAACGGGUAUACCAAUGUCAACACCCGUAUUACAAGGUCAAACCUUUCAAUCAACCCUGUCGCAACACAAUUACAAUCAACUUUUGUAUCAGCAAUUAUACGCUGGAAAGCAGAAUGGUGAUAUUAAGGAGGGCAAUUCCUUUGAGGAACGUAUGGGUCAAUACGAACGUGCUUUGGAAACAGCAACGCCCAUAUAUUUCGAUACGAAACGCAUUGAACCCAAGUGUGAAGAGGAGGGUAAACGUUUGCGAAAACAAGUGCUGAAAUUGAUACAGAAUGGUUCGGAGCUUACUCAGCUGCAGGCCCGUCAAAGCUUCAGCACUUAUUUGGAGGCAAUAUUACGCCGUCUCGUACUGGAACCCAAAGAUAGUCACGAAAAGAUCAUUUUGAAAUUCCUUAAUCGCGUGGGAGGUGCAGUCAAAGCACCGGUAUAUUUUAGAAAUCCUCAAAAUUUUGGAGCUGUGAGUAAAGCUCGUUCUGCCAUGGUGGCCAAAUUGCUUGGCGAUUUCCUUGAACAAUAUAAUAGGGACACCGAAGCCUAUGUGGAUUCUUUUGAUCACAUUGCUAUGAUUCCAACUAGUCUAUUCCUCGAAUUCUUAUCGCAGGCCCAGGAAGCAGAUUUGGAAGCUGUUUUGGGUCUCCACACUAAUAUUACGGGUACUAUGCCAUAUCUCUACAACAGAUGUGGUCUAUCUGUUCCAGCUACUCCACCCAUACCCUCGGGUCUGCAUGGUUUCCUGAAAGCUUUGCCUGCUAUGGUUUUGUGUGGUUCGGGAGCACGAGAUUUCAACAAGACGGAUGCUUAUUAUCGGCCGUCCGCCACUGGUGAAAAGGAAGUGGCAACAACCACUAAUAGCAACAGCAGAAAGGAUCAAAUUAAGAAGUAA